GCGGCGAAAUCAUGUAUAUUUUGUUGUUUCGUACGUUGUGGUCGACAAGCUUGCCAGAGCUUUUAAGUAUCCAUUGAAAGAUCUCGUAAUCCGUUCGCGUUACUUGUGAUAGUUGAUGGAUAAAUGUGGAAAAGUUGGUGCUUUACGAUGGAGCAGGAAAUACGAGCCGAGACACGAGCUUUCGUUCGUCGCAUGUACCGCAACCUAAACUCCGCGCUGAUUCUAAUAUCCCGCCAAAAAGGAGCCCCAGCACCGCCAGGCAAACCGGUCCUCAUCCCAGGCCCGGACGACUCUCAAUCCGACGUUGUCCUCAUCCGGUGGAACAUUUCGCCGCACAGCGGUGGCUCGAGUAUCAUCGGUUACUACGUGGAGCAGCGGAAAAUGGGCAGUCCGCACUGGGAGAGCGCCGCGCCGGUGAUUUGCCGGGAGCCGGAGCUGAUGCUCAGCGGCCUCGAGCCCGGCUGGCGCUACCAGUUUCGCAUCAGGGCCCAGAACUUUUUGGGCACGUCGGAACCGAGCGAGCUGUCGGAUCCGUUGACCGUUACUCUGCAGAACACGACGCAGAUUGUGCCAAAGUUCAACCAAGAGCUCAGAGAUUCUUUCGUUGUACUCUACGGAUACGUUGAAAUAAUGGCAAGUUACUCUGGACUGCCUAUACCAGUCAUUAGAUGGUUCAAAAAUGACAGCGAACUGAUGUCCAGCGGGAGGAUUGAAAUUAAGACUGACUGUAACAAAAGCGUACUAAUAAUCAAAGGGGCAAGACAAAUGGACGAGGGGGAAAUUAAAUGCAUUGCCACGAACCGAGCUGGAAGGGUCACCACGAAAGCUAAACUCAUAGUUGAAGUACCAGCAUUCGUUCGACUACCCAAAGGAUACGAUGAAGGAUUACUUUUUGCACAAGACGAAGAAGUGAAGUUGCGAGUCACCCAUGGUGGUAAGCCGUCACCCAGUGUCACCUGGUAUCACAAUGGAGAGAUCGUCCUGGCUGAUCAUCGACGUAGUUUUGAAAGUACUGCGGAAGGCGAGAGUAUUCUCAUCAUCUCCAACGCUGUGCGUGAUGACCGCGGAGAAUACACCGUAAGGGUGAUCAAUAAACAUGGCGAGGGAGCGAUAUCUUUUUUGGUCACCAUCAUAGAUAGUCCUUCUCCUCCCCGGAAUGUGACAGUGACACGAAUAUUUGGCCGGAGUGUUUCAUUGGCGUGGAUGGAACCGGAUGACGAUGGUGGAAGUAGUAUCGGAAAUUACCUUGUCGAAUAUCAUAGAAUGGGAUGGGAUAUGUGGUUAAAAUCAAUGACUUGCAAGUACACGACUGUCAUGAUAAACGAUUUGAUAGAAGGAUCAGAGUACGAAUUUCGCGUGAAAGCAGAGAAUCUCUAUGGUCUCAGCGAUCCUAGCGAGAAAACACAGAUUGUUUUCAUACCAGAUGUCAAAAGAGGAAUUACUGAGCCAAAUAUGAGGAUAAGAUCGGUAAGCCAUCGGGACAUUCCACGUGGACGCAGUGAGAGACGUGAAAUCAGUUUUCAUGAGCCCACUCAGAGGACACGUAGUUUGACUCGCGAGGAAGCUUCGAAUCGGGAAGCCAUGUCAAUGUACGAGCGUACCUUAUCGCCCACAAGAUUAGUCAGAUCAUCCAGAGCUGACAGUCGCGUAACUUUCAUUCUAGACGCCAAUAGUCGUGAAAAAGAUGAGCCUCCAACGAAAGAACGUGAGGUUCUAGAAAGAAGUAGAUCACCACAAACAACGAUUGUAGUAACUCCGAAUUACAAUGACUCGGGAGGCCAGCGAACAUACUUGGAUUCACGGUCCCGUACUGUUUCCUACUCACGUGAACAUAGUCCGUCACCCCUUGUGUUGGAGGAGUCAAUGGAAGUCGCGAUCAAGCAAACGGUGGACAGUAUGAGAUCAAGUUUAAGUCCACCAUCUGUAGUACCUAGGCAUAGACGUGGCAGUAAUGAAACUGAAACGAAUUUAAAGGAGGGUAAUGAAGAUGAUAUGUUACACGGUAGUUCGGAGUUCAUGUUAGUACUAUAUCCAGGUGAAGAAGAUCGAAGACAGUACGAAUCAGAACGUUUAGAGAAACAAUCUGAAAUCACUCGACGAGAGACACGAGGAACCUCAGAGGCUUUGACGAAUCGAUUUGUCGAACGUCAAUCAGCUGUCGAAGUACCUCCAGAUGAAGAAGAGGAGGAUUUAAUUCCACCACCCAUGUCACUAUCUCUUCCCGAACUAUUUAGCCCCGAUCAUCAAAUUGUCGAAAUCGUUCGGGAGGCGGUCAGUUCAACCGAACUUCUUCAUGAACGUGCAAUGGAGCGCUUUUAUCGUGCAGUAGAAGCCGAACAAUCCAUCGAACAGAAACGAAAUAAGACCAAUGAUCCAAAAGCAAAUCGUUCAGGUGACAAUGAGGCAUAUCCUCUAUUCAAAUCAAGGUCUCGUCCGAUACGAAGACGGUUAUCGAAUUCCGGCGCAAAUACCUGGCAAGUUCGACGCGAUAGACGAAGAUCGAGUGAGGGAGAAGCUAAUGUAACUUUACUUAAACCUCCGAAAUUACCUGUACCUUCUCCGUUAUUGAACGUAUUGUCAGAUCCAAACCUGCUCACUAAAGAUGAAAAACCCACGCAAAAGGCGGAGCCCUGGCUGAUGGGCGGAGGCAGCUCCGAACGCCUACGCAGGUGGCACGAGCCUGGUAUUGAUCUCAAUGAAGAGUCCACAGCUGCUUCGAUUGACAGAGAAAACACCCAGAAUAAUCAAAAAGAGAAAUUAUUGAGCAUGCCAGAACUAAAGCCAAAAGAACCGUUGGAAGUGCAAGUGGUCGAAGAAGAAUAUGAUGAAGUUGCACCUGAUAUUAUUUAUGCGGAAGACAGUAUUGAAACCUCUUAUCUCUCUUCGGAAGCGGAAAGUACUGAUAGCGAAGAUUUGAAACAUCUUAAAGACAGAAUAAUGGCUAUUCCAGUAUUAGAAGAAGAAGAAACAUAUCAUCCCCGUGGCCGUAUGCUUUUGCAUCUGAAUACAGACACACCACCUCCAGUUCCACCGCACAGAUCUUUAUCACCCUCCCCUACGUCACCGAAUGGUACCAUUGUACCAAAGUCUAUUUUGAAAAAGCGCACAGAAACUGAAUCUAUACCAGUGAAUCAAUUUGGUAGACCAAUUCCACCGGAAAAACCCAUUCGAAAGUCACUGCCACCUCACGAGGACGCUAGUGUGACAAUGCUCAACAGGUCAAUAUCAAAUCAGAAUUUUGAAGAUGUGGCAGAGAUGAAAACAGUGACACCUGGAUUUGUAGCUGUAUCUCCACUCCCCUCUUCAUUUCAACCGAUAGUUGUCACUUUAUCAACGCCCACUCCAAUAGUGACACCGGCACCUGUACCAUCAUUAAAAUCACCUGUAUCUACGUCUACAACUGAGUCAAGUGCAAUAAACAAAGGAAUGACGGAUUCCGAUAAAGAAGCUGUUAUUUCUGCAGGAGAAGCCGCUGUUUCCAAGCGCAAACAAAUGCGUCAAGGUUCAAAAACACAUUCAACUGAAGAGUCUGAAGAAGAACAUGAAGAAAAGAUGGCUGUGGUUAGUCAUUACACAGAACUCGUGAAACAAUAUUCCAAUCCAGAUUUCAGACAACGUUCGUUAAGUCGAGAUAGAGAAAUAAAACGUUACGAAAGUCCUUCUCAAACCAGAGUUGCAUCACCUAUGCCAAAUCAGACAAACCAAUACAAUAGUCAAACGCUCAAAAAAGAAGCAUUGUCCGUAACUCCAGGAAAGACAAUAGAGCCAAUUUCUCCCAUAGGUCCACCAAUUACUACCCAUAACGUAAUACCCACAAAGAUCAUAACACCCAUACCACCAGUAAUACCAUCUAUGCCGAUAAAACAGGCAAUGCCGAUAUUACAGUCAGAACGAAGUGGAAGACGAGGCAGUUUAUCGAGUCGAGCAAAUGAGAGUGACUCGGAUGUAUCUGUUAGGGGAAAGUUAAGGGAACCAAGACCAGUGAGUGACGGCGAUAGAGAAAGACAAAGAUACAUGGACAUGAGUGAUUCCAGAAGCUCGACACCAAGUCACAGAAGGGCAGACAGUCGAACGAGAAAUGAAAACCGCCCACCCGCGAGGAACGAGUCACCAAUGCCUAGGUCUAGAAACGUAUCAAGGGAUCGAGGAUCGGUAGUGGAGUCACGAUCAUCUUCUAAUGCAAGGGAAUCUAGACCAGUUAGUGGGGCAAAAACGAAAAGCAGCCGGCCAUCAUCCAGGGCUAGUUCUAGGGACCGAUCACGUGCCAAUACACCAGCUGAAAUGGAAAUUGAACGACUUCAACGAGCUUUGGAUGAGCAAACAGAUCGUCUAAGGAGGCUGUCCAGUAAAAAUGAGCCUGUAAAUGCUGAAAAUAUUAACCUUAGAAUAGAAACUGAAAAAAAAAUUAGGACGACAUUGAGUUUUUUGAUAGAUAUGGGUUUACUGAUGGCUGCAUUUUAUUUAUAUUUAUUUAAAAGAGAAGAACUGGCAAUUCCCAUAAUUGUCUUGUUGUUAUAUCGUCACAUACAGCAGGAAAUCAAAGGCUGGAUACCUCGCUGGUGGAGAAGUGAAAAACGUUAACAAUGUUGUUAAUGUUUUAUGGUAAUUAUGACGUUGUUAAUGUACGAUAACAAUGUCCCUGAUGAUCAGUAACGUUGUUAUGUAAAUGCGCUUUGUUUUCCAAAAGAGAAUGUUAAGAAUUUGAAAUUUUGGCUUUCACGAAUACCAUAUUUUUUACUUUUUGUUUAGUGUUUUCCAUUUUUCAAUCAAUGACAAAUCAAACGUUGAUUUUUUACAUACAAUUAAUCACAAAUACCAUUUUUGUCUUUCGGCAGAAUUUGUUUUGAUGUUUUCUCUAAAUAUCUUUUUAAACACUAUACUCAUAGAAACAAUGUGAGGAAAACUUGUUUUUAAAAAUGAUAAAAUCAUGUCUUUGCUGGGAUCUUUUUUAGUAAAAGAUUUUAAGCUUAAGCUAUAUGGACCAGAUAAUAUUUUUUAACAUCCUCUUUUAUUUAAAUGUUUACUGAAUUUUAAAUACCUGUUUUACAUAGCAUGAGAGAUUUUUCUAAGAGUUAGAUGUUUAAAAAAUAAAAAAAAAAUGUUUAAGUAUAAGUUAAUUGUUUUUCGACAACGAUUCGAGAUAAAAUCGAUAACAUUUAAAUGCACAUAUCGAGUUAGUCGUCAAGUAUUCUUAGAAACUCAAUCAUGCAUUUAAAUUGAUUCGUAUAUUUGUUGGAUUUUGGGGGUGUAAGUUACAUUAUUGAGUAUUAUGUCAGUUUUUAAAUUCUUUAAAUGUUUAUGAAUGUUGGAAAUGUUCAAAAAGGAAAUGUUUUGACCUUCAUCGAAAAUUUAUUCACGUUAUGUAUUAUAUAUUUAUAAAUAUGA